AUACUAUCGAUAAAUUUGUUUGGCGGUUCUUUAUAUUAAUUUUUUAAUUGAUGAUUAUGAUGGCAAAAUUAAUUCAUUUUGGUCGAAACGAAAUCGAUUUGUAUCGAAUUCUUUUAGAAUUUACAUCACCAUUCAUUCGAGAAAUUAAUGAGUUUUUAAAUGAUAAGAAUUUCGGCAAUCAAUUGUCUCCGUUCGAUCGACAAGAAUUGGCCUUGUUGAUUGUAACAUAUCAAAAAUUAAACCAAAUUCUAGUCGAAUUUUCCAUUGCCAUCGAUGAGUUCACAUUCACUAUUUAUCGCUUCGUUUCGUCGUUAAUUAAGCAAACUUUUCUCAAAGAUUUGGGCAUAAUUGAAACGUUGAUUGAAAGCGAAAAAUUUUGCAAUUAUAACGUAUUGCUCAAAUAUAAUCCUCUAUUCCAUGAUACUCUGCGUAUAAUUACAGUAAAAAGACCACAUUGUCAAACGUUGUUUGAGCUAUUUCAAGUUCUUCAAGAGAAAUAUAUGAUAAACAUCGAAUUAGAAUAUGAUCCAUUUUAUCAAAAGAUUUUCACCUGGAUUACUCGAGGAACACUUAAUUCUUCGUUAGAUCAGCAAUCAUUUUUCAUACAAAAAAGUAGUCUCGAUUCAAAUACAUCGCUUGAUCUUAGUAAAGUACCUCAACAAAUUGAUCCAAUCAAUGCAAUUAAAAUCUACGAUAUUGGUCAAUCUGUUCGAAAAAUAACACAAAUAAAUUCAAAAGUAAAAUUUUUUGAUGCUAAUUUAUUCUGGCGAUAUUAUCAAAAACGAAUGGAAUUAUAUGAUAUAACCGUUUUGUUUCGUUAUUUUUUGGCCGAUUUAGCCAACACAGUAUUUACGUACAUAAUGAAAGAAACAUCAUUGAAAGAGGAUUCAAUGAAUUUUAUUAGCCAUUUGAAAACAUUUUAUCUACAUGGUAAUGAACUUUUGUGGACAAACUUUUUGGAAUUAAAAUCCAUCGAUGAUGAUGGAAUUCGUAAGGCAUUCAAUCUUGCAUUAUAUCGAACAUUUGAUGAUCAUGAAGCUGAAACUUAUCAACAUCUUAUUUCAAUCAAAGAACGAAUUAUCGAUAAUAAUCAUAGGCAAUCAUUAUCGACACAAAAUUCGAAUGAUAUGAAUUUCAAAAUUACUUUUCGAUUGCCUAAUUUAGUCAAAAUAGUACUUACAGAUAAAGUUUGGAGUAAAUAUCAAUCGAUAUUCACAUUUCUACAGAAAAUUAAAUCUAUUCGUUGGCAAUUGAUAGAAUAUUGGAAACGACAGGUUCUUAUAUUUAAAAGAAAAAAUCAUCUUAAUAAUGUUGAUAAGAAUUGUCAGCUUAAAUCUGAUCAAUGGUUUCUACUUUAUUCCCUUAUUCGAUUUACGGGUAUUUUCUAUACAUACGUCAAAUUUUGUAUUGAAUAUCGAAUGGAACAAUUUUUCACCAAUAUUAAAUCAGUUGCUGAUAUUGAAAAUAUACAAAAAUUUCAUAUGUCUACACUUUUAGCUAUAAUCAAUGAUUUAUUCAUCAAAAAUACUUUUAAUUUCAAUCUUAUAAAUCGUAUCCUUGAUUUAAGCAAACAAAUGAUGAUAAUGACAACGCAUGAUGAUCUAAUCAUUGAUUACAAACAAGCUAUGGAAAUUUUUCGUGAAACAAUACCAAUUAACAAAAGUCAUUCUCCUUUUAAUGAACUUUUGAUGAGCAUUUGAUUUGGCGGGCUUUAAAUGAUUUAGUUUUUAAUGUUUGUUAAUAGAUGACGCAGUUGUUUGUAUCAGCUGCAUGUGAUGCUAAAAUUUUUG